GCGUAUUGGUAUUGGUCAACGGGCGGGCGCAUAGGGAGCUGGAUAACGUGAUUGGUUGCUUGUUAGAAAAGCCGGCGGAUCCUGUCGAAAGGGGGUGGUGCGGGGUUUUGACGGCGGAGUGGGCGUGGCUGUGCUGCGGAGAGUCUGAGACCUUCUGUGAGUUCGUGUCCGUCUGACUGACCUGUAACAUGGGGGCCCAGAUUAGCACAGUGGGGAGGAUCCUCACGACCCCGUUGUGGUUGAUCUACAGCAUUUUCCAGAGAUUUUUCCGGAAGCCGCGUCCUGCCGUCACUUUAGAGAGCGCCGAUAUCAAAUACGCACUGAGGCUGAUUGACAGAGAGGAGAUCAGCCAUGACACCAGGAGGUUCCGAUUUGCUCUCCCGUCCCCGGAGCAUGUCCUUGGCCUCCCCAUUGGGCAGCAUAUUUACCUCUCUGCCAGAGUGGGGGGCAAUCUGGUGGUCAGACCCUACACCCCAGUGUCCAGCGAUGAGGACAAAGGCUUCGUUGAUCUUGUUGUGAAGAUCUACUUUAAAAACGUCCACCCAAAAUUCCCAGAGGGAGGAAAGAUGUCCCAGUAUCUGGACUCUCUGAAGAUAAAUGAAACCAUUGACUUCCGGGGACCAAGCGGCCUCCUCGUGUACAUUGGCAAAGGGACCUUCCAGAUCCGCCCAGACAAGAAGUCCCCACCGGUGUCAAAGAAAGCGAAGCACCUGGGAAUGAUCGCUGGUGGGACAGGGAUCACCCCAAUGUUGCAGCUCAUUCGAGCAAUCGUAACGGACGAGGAGGAUAAAACCAUCUGCUACUUGCUCUUUGCCAACCAGACUGAGAAAGACAUUCUGCUCCGCUCAGAACUGGAGGAGAUCCGGGCCAAGUACCCCUCUCGCUUCAAACUGUGGUACACGCUGGACAGAGCCCCCGAAGAUUGGGACUACAGCCAGGGCUUCGUCAAUGAAGACAUGAUCAGCUCCUUUCUGCCUCCCCCCGGGGACGACGUCCUUAUUCUGAUGUGCGGCCCCCCUCCCAUGAUCCAAUAUGCAAUCAGCCCCAGCCUGGACAAGCUCUCGUACCCCCAGGACAGGAGAUUCGCCUACUAGAGGCCCGCCCCUUCCACAAGUCCCGCCCUGCGCUUUUAUUGGCACUUAACAGAAUGAGCAGUGUGGGAGGAGCUACGUGGAACUGCCGGGAGUCUUUUUGUCAGUGUGUCGAUGAUUUGGUUUUACUUGCCCUUGCGCCUUGCAAGUAAAUGGCAAUGGGGUGGGGCAGAUGGACCCAACCUUAGAGGCACCUGCCCAUGAAUAUCCUAUGGUUUGUGCAAGAUGCAUCACCAAGGUUACCUCCACCUGUAAGCCCCGCCCCUGCAGCCUCACUACAUUCCCUAACUGUCAGUUGGACUCUCUAUUAGGGAUGCACCAAAUCCAGGUUUCGGUUCAGGAUUCGGCCGAAUCCUUCUGUCCGGCCAAACCGAAUACAAAUCUGCAUAUGCAAAUUAGGGGCGGAGAGGGAAAUUGCGUGGUCACAAAACAAAAUGUUUUCCCCUUCCCAUCCCUAAUUUGCAUAUGCAAAUUUGGAUUUGGUUCAGUAUUUGGCCAAAUCUUUCGUGAAGAAUUCGGGCGUUUGGCGGAAUCCGAAAUAGUUAAUUUGGUGCAUUUGGUAAGGUAAGUUCUAUGACCAGUUCCCGCAUGUGAAAAUAAAGUGUGUGCGGUGUUGCCAAGUUUGUAUUUAAGGCAAGGUGUCACUUUAAGGAAGGGUGAAGCGUUUCCUUUGUUAAAGAGACAGGAGGUUCAUGUACUUUCUGUAGUGCAGUCAUUUCAUUGGUUGAACACAUGCCCCUCCCACAGGAGAAGAAUGGACUUUGUGCACCUGUUUGGAUUUGUUUUCAUCGCUGCCCCCCCCGAAUAUUGAUUUGGUGGGGGGGGCAAUGUAGUUCUGUCUAAAAUGGGCUCAAUGACCUGUGACCGUUUCAUUGGCCAUUGGUGGGAGGUGGUUGAGCCAAUGAAAACUUCUCUGCUUGUCCCAAAUCAAAGGGGUGGGACGCAGGCAGGUCAUGGAUUCUGUACGGCAAUAAGAUUGUGGCAAUUUGUCCUUUGUAUGUUAUAUAAGUUGUGUGUUUGUGUUGUAUGGCUUUUAUUUGCUAUCUGUGUGUACAGCAUGCCCCGCCCCUGAGGAGCUGAUCUGCAGUCCCUUCCCCCGAGGGAUCAACCAAUCGUUCAGUUCACUUUGUGAUUCGUUUUCCUGUAGCAGCUGCAGAUUCCACUAUUUCCCUACACAGGUGACUUGUCUGCCCCCCCCCCAGGGGCCCAAUCAGUGUGUGUUAUAGGGAGACCCCUUUAUUUCACUUCUGGGGAUCAGGGUACGGUCAUUCAGACAGACGCACCUGUGCCCAAAAUGAACCCACCAGUGAUUAAACAGGGGGCCCUCUCUAAACCACAAUCCUUUUGGGUGCAGCAAAGGUCCGUUUUUGGAGAGGGGGGUCACCAACACCCUACACAAUAUUUGGCUUGUCUCACAAAUGUCAUGUACGGAAGACUUUAAAUUGAAAGCAUGGAGUGUAAGCUCCUCAGGGGCAGGGACUGAUGGGAAGGAAUAACACAAAGCAGAAAGAGGUGCAAGCAGUAUGGCAGUACAACGUAGAUUGGCUCAGGCUGUGCUACAUCAUAGUGAAAGUUAAAGAGACUUUGAGUUUCCCUUUAAUUUUGAAUAUUUAUUUGGAAGAAGGCAACUCCCUUUCCCAUGCACGUGGGGGCCACAGAUAUUUGUUAGGGCCCCCCCCCCUGAGACUUAGCUUAUCUGAAUGUGGGUGCAAGAGACUUCCCUGUCCCGACUGGGUGUUGGCAGUGUAUUUGCCCCCAGAGGGGCCCUAGGGAGAGUGAGUUCCGUUGUGCCUUUUGUAUAUCAGCCGAAAACCUUAUCUUGUAUUGUGCUUGUGGCCUGUGCCCCACCCACCUGUAACAUUUACCAAAGAGUAACGUGAGUGUAACCAGGACGUAUUAAAUAUGGAUUUGCUGUUG